GUCCAUUGAGCACUUAGAUGGAGUAUCGGAGUCGCUAUUCCCCAUUAUGAUACCACAGCGUCUGCUGGACCUAAAUCACACAACUCCAAAGUAUAACAAGGUGGACAGCAAGACGAUGUGCAUCUAUUGAAAUCGUCAUCUCGUACAGCGAGCACCAAAUGUGGCUUCAAGUGUGAGAGUUCCAACUGGUCAGCCGGUCAUCCCUUCGCACAAUCUCACAUCUACUGACACACACCUGCAACCAGCUUGGCAGGAAACAAGCUUUAGUCCACAGGCAGGUAUCAGGCUGCAUCCGCAUCGCAGAGGGCCUACGGACAACCAUACCAGGGAAAGAGGUCAGACACCUGUAUUGGAAGCUGCAGAUUGGGAUAGAUCAUCAGCCAUGGCAACACCAAAGGAAACAAGAAGCACUAGGCAACAGGAAGCAGAAAGACAAGGCUUUGACACGCAGUUUCAGGGGCUGAAUAUAUCACCAGCGAUUGCAGGUCAACCUCCCGGCAAGUUCACCUCGCAUCAGGCGCAGACGUCCAUUGGACGUCAGGCAGCGCAGACCUCCGGGAUGACAAGCGCAACACCAAAAAGUCACAACUCCUAUGCUUCUGCAGUUUCUUCUCCUUCCUAUCUUGACAGUAUCCUUGCUGAUAGCAGAAGUAUGGAUACCGCUGAUCAUGUGGACAAGCAUGUAUCCACACCUACUCAGGAGUAUGCAGCCAAACAGGAUAAUUGGAGCGCUGAUACUCACACACAAGUGGAAGAAUCACAGGCCGAGAAUGGACAGGGGCAAUUGCACGUUCAAGCGCUGAAUCAACGGCAAAAUCUGGGCUCAGACCAAGCCAGCAAGCAAAUGGUGGUUGAUAUGUUCGAGUGGACAACCGGCACGUUGGAAAUCUUGGAGCGGCUGGAGUACCCAGAGCAGUUUGAGAGGGAGCAGAUUCCACUCUCACCGGAAGCAAAAAAAAUGCUUGACAGGCGGACCAAGGGUGGAGAAGCCAUUUCUGUCAAAGGGACUGUCGACGAUGCCAACAUUUAUAUUCUUCUGAUGUCGAUGCAAGUCAGCAGCUGUAAUCCAGCUAUCCGUGACCAGGUGAAAAUCGAGCUGAAAGAGAGCCUUGCCCACUGGCAGGAAACUGGCGUGGAGCUGAAGAGCAACGUGUCCAAAGACCUCAUCAAGCAGCUGUUUCUCGCUCUGGACGGCAAACGGCCGGAAGAAAUUGUGCCAGCCUACUCACAACCAUUAGUAUUUGAUGAUACAGUCGACGCUGCUUCAUUCUCCAAGACAAUGUCAACUGUCUUCGGAGCAUACCAGAGGGGAGCGCACAGAACAGACCAGCUAGAGAGAUCAUUCCGUGAGGAUCCUAACAACAAGGCCAGAAAGCCAAACCUCAGGAAGAAUACCCAAUACGACGACUUCAAAUGACCGAUUGCCAUCCUACUUUAAAGGGGAACUCCGGUCCAAAAUCACCCCCAUUUUUUAUUGCGGAAUCCAUUAGAGUAUGUCGUAAGUGGUAGAAUGGCGAAAACCGGAAGCUUCUACGACAAG